AUGCUGCUGCUGCUGCUGUUGCCGGCUCACACAGCCCGUCCCACCCGCUCACAGAGCCCGUCCCACCGGCUCUCAACGCCCGUCCCACCCACUCACACAGCCCGUCCCACCGGCGCACAGAGCCCGUCCCACCCACUCACACAGCCCGUCCCACCGGCUCACACAGCCCGUCCCACCGGCUCACAGAGCCCGUCCCACCCACCCACACAGCCCGUCCCACCGGCUCACAGAGCCCGUCCCACCGGCGCACAGAGCCCGUCCCACCGGCGCACAGAGCCCGUCCCACCCGCUCACAGAGCCCGUCCCACCCGCUCACAGAGCCCGUCCCACCGGCGCACACAGCCCGUCCCACCCGCUCACACGGCCCGUCCCACCCGCUCACACAGCCCGUCCCACCGGCGCACACAGCCCGUCCCACCCGCUCACAGAGCCCGUCCCACCGGCGCACAGAGCCCGUCCCACCGGCGCACAGAGCCCGUCCCACCGGCGCACAGAGCCCGUCCCACCCACUCACAGAGCCCGUCCCACCGGCGCACAGAGCCCGUCCCACCCGCUCACACAGCCCGUCCCACCGGCGCACAGAGCCCGUCCCACCCGCUCACAGAGCCCGUCCCACCGGCGCACAGAGCCCGUCCCACCGGCGCACAGAGCCCGUCCCACCCGCUCACAGAGCCCGUCCCACCGGCGCACAGAGCCCGUCCCACCGGCGCACAGAGCCCCCCCCGCUACAAUCCCAGACCCUCCCCGGCCCGGCCCCUUGUAGCGCAGGGAGCGGGGAUGUGGGUCGCGGCGCCCGCUGGGCAGCUCCAGGUGGACAAGGCGGAGGAGCCGGUGAGCGGGGACAUGGGGCGAGCCGAGCUCAACUUGGCCGACGAUGAGCAACUGCUCCUGGCCGCAGCUUACGUUUCUGACGCUCAAUACAACAGGAACAUCCAGUUUGAAACCUCCCCGCAAGCUGUCAGGUUCUACAAAUUAUACAACCACUGGUCUACGCAGGGAAUCACCUACUUCUUUAUCCUUGUCGAUCUCUUCCUGGGCCUGUUUGAGGAACCCGCCGUCUAUCUGCUGCCUCUUUGGGUAACUUCAACCAUUGAGUUUAUUUGUCUGGCGAUGUUCUCCGUACGCCUCCUGCACUUCUCCAAGGUCACUCCCACCAAGGUGUUCUGGAAAGAUGCAAAGAACAUUUGUGUCAUCGUCACCAUCUUGCUCACGUUAUUGGAUAUGAUUGUGUACUUGGCUUUAGCACAAAAUGGAUACCCAGCGGUCAGGUGGUCAAGGGUCCUGAGACCACUGUUUUGUGUAAACUUCACUGAAAGUCGACAGCUGAGAAGAGCGUUCAGAAACAUCCGCAACUCUCUCCCGGAGAUCGCCUACGUGUUUGUGCUCUUUAUGUUCAGCGUUGCCGUGUUCUCCCUCAUGGCCUUGAAGCUGUUUGCAAAGAGGUAA